AUACAGAGGCUACAAACAGGAAUGGAGAUGAAGGAACAAGUGAAUGAUGUGAGGAUUUCUGAUAUAAUGGAUGUUUAUGAACAAAAGCUUUCUGCAUUAGCAUCAAAGGAAAGCAGGCUGCAAGACUUAUUGGAAGCAAAAGCACUAGCCCUUGCACAAGCAGACAGACUGAUUGCACAGUACCGGUGUCAAAGAGCACAAGCUGAAGCAGAGGCAAGAAAGCUUGCCACACUUUUGAAGGAGGCAGAGAGGAAGAAUGAGGAACUGAGUUUGCUUUUAAAGUCUCAGCAGCUGGAGUCAGAACGAGCCAAAAGUGACAUUGAGCAGUUGUUCCAGCACAACAAAAAGCUGCAAGCAGUGGCCGAAGAACAUGAAACACUGAAGGUUUCUUAUGGUGACCAUAUCAUGAAGUAUGAACUCUGUGAAAAGCAGUUGAAAGACUUAGAGGUAUCCUACAACACCCUAACUAAGCAAGCUGAAACCAUGAAAAAACUAAGUGAUUCUCUCAAGAUUCAAAAUGAAAAGACAAUGGCCCAGCUAGAAGACACUGAAAACCAGAGAAAAGAUUUGGCUAAGCAACUUCAAGACCGAGAGAGUAAAAUUAUAAAUUUCCAACAAAAGGUAAAGGGUUUAGAGGACAAGCUUAAAUUAAAGCAAAAGGAGAAAGAAGAUAUGGAAGAAACAAUUGACAUACUUCGUAAAGAGCUGAGCAAAACAGAACAAGCAAGAAAGGAGCUGAGCAUUAGGGCAUCUUCGCUGGAAGUUCAAAAAACCCAAUUGGAAGCACGUUUGGAGGAAAAGGAGGGAAUUUUGAAAAGCCAACAGGAAGAGCUAAACAAGCAUUCACACAUGAUUGCUAUGAUACACAGCCUUAGCAGUGGCAAACCCAGUACAGGCAAUGUGAACCUCAGCCUGUAA